AUGACUCUUCUUCUUGCAUUCUGUAGUGAUCAACACUGCCACAACGUCGUUGUGGCGCACUCUCUUCUGCGUUUGUGGCAGGGAAGAAACCACGCUCGCAAACGUUAUGUUGGUGGAGACGAAAUUACGAGCAGUUUCCUUCUUUUGAUCCAGCACAGGGCGCAACAGUGUGCUGCGCAGAGCGAGACAGUAGCAGAGAAAAUUAUUUAUUUUGACAGCAACAGAAACAAUAGCAGAAAAGACAAAGAGAACCUUUUUGAGUAUACUUAUUUUUCACAGCAGAGUCGUCCGCUCAACACCCUUUGCGGCAUUACCGCGAAGGAGAGGUUGAGAGUCGAAGCUUUUACGAUAGAUAUGAUCAGACCACAGGCAAGUCUCAUUCUUCUAGCUUUGAAGAAUGCAUCUUAAGUUAUGCGUUGCAGACUUGUAGAUCGCAAAGGUAAAAAAUCUGUGGCAUUUUGCACUUGCUGCAUUGCUCUUGCAGCAGGGUCUCAAUAUGAUGCCGGCAAGCAGACUUAUUUACGCUACAGUGAAUCUUCACGCUUAUCUUUUUAUCCUAUGAGCCUAGAAAAUUGCCAAUUGAGUACAGUUCUUCGCGCUCCUUGCAGCCAGAGGUUAUUUGUUAAUGUUUUAUCAGGUGUGCCGAAAAUGAGGUAUCGAUAUCGUAGAUGACUUAGUAGAAGCAAGCCUCGCCGGGUAGGAUGGUGAGCAGCACGGCUGCUACCGGCUCAUCCUACCCCAAUCACAAAUGCAAAUGUAAAUUUUGUUUGACAUGUAAAUAUUGUGGUAUUGUUAUAUGAAUGUGCGUGCACCAAAAGCAAAUCCAAAAAUGCGUUGUACCAUAGUUGCUAGGACUAUUUGCACUGGCUGUCGCUGUAGCACCCGGAAGUCGUGGCUGUACCCAAAUCCAAGCGUCAAUGAAGCCAACAUCUCGCAAGAAGUAGAAGAGCGAGCGAUGCUGCAGCAGGACGUGCUAAAAAAAAGGACGAAAGAGUGCAAUAGAACCAGUCGCGUUCGACACCACGACGAGUUU